UGUCACAUGUCAGUUAAAAAUCAAAACAAGAAUCAGAUUUUUUUUCAAGAAGUAAAUACUCAUAAAAAUAAAUAAAUUAUUAAAUGAAAUAUUGUAAUAAUUACGUUUAGUUGUGUCGUGUUUAAAUUAAUAUUUACCCGUGUGUAAGUAAAAUUUACGUUUCGCGGUUUUUCCUUGUAGACAGAGAAUUCACAGUGAAUAUGGAGUUAGGAGACUGGCGCCAGAAUAUUUUGUCCCAAUUGCAGAAGAGGAACCGAGAAGAAACUUAUUGUUUUCAGGAUUUAAUAACACAACAUAAUAAAGUGUUCGAGAAUGCCAACUCCUUGAAACAUGAAAAUAUUCAGCUAUCCAUCCAGAAUGAGAAACUCAGAGUCGAGGGAGGUGGUGGAAAUAGAUCGAACAGUGCUACAGAACUCAAAUUACAAGAAGAGGUCCAACAAUUGAAACAAAAACUGUUUACUCAAGCCGAGGAACUGACAGAGUUACAUAGGAAAAAAAGUGGAAACAUUCAAGAAAUAAUCGAUUUAAAUGUAAAACUGCAAGACAGGAAUAAAGCGGCCGCUGAUAAAGAAAUUCAGUUGGCAGAGGCACAUUCCAAAAUAAUAAGUUUAGAAGCCGAAAUCGGGAUGCUGACCCAAGCAAACAAACAACUUCAAUAUUUAAAUGAUACUCUUAGGGAUGAACAUCAGGCUUUGCAGUUGGCCUUUAGUGCUUUGGAGGAUAAACUUAGGAAAGUACAGGAGGAAAAUCGCCAGCUGGUGGAGCGUUUAAUAAAGUACAAAGCCAAAGACGCUGACCGAAUGAAUGAAGAAAAUGACAAUUUCUUAAACGAGGGUGCCAGUAAGCAUUUUUCUACUUCUGUACUCAGCACGUUUGGUAUUUUUAGAAAACGAUACGCCAAAAUGCAAAAAGACUUAGAAGAAGCCUGUAGAGAUACAAAAGGCGUUUCCUCAGACGACCUGUCGGAGGGUUAUGGACCUCUUAGCCAAUCCACCUUACCUUCGAAGGUGCAUCUUAAAUUUGAUGCACACGAAGGCGAGGUAAACGCGAUAAAAUGGAGUCCGUUAGAUCGGAUAUUCGCCACCGGUGGCGCCGAUCGUAAAGUGAAACUUUGGGACAUUUCGAAAGGAAUUCAGGAAUGCAAAGGUGUCCUUGUGGGAAGUAAUGCCGGUGUAAUGGCCGUAGACUUUGACGCCUCCGGAUCCCUGGUUUUGGGUGCCUCGAACGAUUAUGCCACGAGGGUAUGGACGGUGGUUGAUCAGAGAUUAAGGCAUACACUGACCGGCCAUUCGGGGAAAGUAAUGGCGGCCAAAUUCCUGGGGGACGCAUCCAAAGUCGUAACCGGAAGCCACGAUCGAACUUUAAAAGUGUGGGAUCUGAAAAGUCGGGCAUGCAUAGAAACGAAAUUCGCAGGAUCCAGUUGCAACGAUCUCGUAACGGUCGAUAGCGCCGGAUCGACGAUAAUCAGCGGCCAUUACGAUAAAACUAUCAGGUUUUGGGAUAGUAGAUCAGAAACGAGCGCCAAUAAUAUUAAUUUAAAUGGGAAAAUCACAUCAUUGGACUUGUCCAGAGAUUCAAAAUACUUAUUGGCUUGCGUGAGGGACGAUACCCUGGAACUUAUUGACCUGAGGAUGAAUCAAGUGGUGACAACUUAUAACUGUGACGGUUUCAAAGUGGGCUGUGAUUGGUCUAGAGCUACGUUUAGUCCUGACGGGCAGUACGUAGCUGUGGGAUCUAGCGAUGGUAGCGUUUACAUUUGGGGAGUAACCAAUGGGAAAAUUGAGACGAUACUUAAAGAACAUGGAUCAACCUCAAUUGGACUGUUCUCCAGGUCUGCAGUGACGGCAACCGCUUGGCAUCCCUUUGGCAACUUCCUGGCUACCGUCGACCGCACCAAGAGAUCCGUCAUCUGGACGGGAGAUAUGUGAGGAGGAUAUUGAACAACACAUGCCGUUUCACACACAAAAUCGUCUUGGCUUUUUAUAAAUUUAAAAUUCACUGAAUUGUUUGAUUUCGGGAUAAGUGACUAUACUGAGGGCAAAAAAUUACAGAAUUCAGUCGUUUAUGUUAGAAUCUUCGAUGGAGCAGAUCAUCUUUAUAUUUAAUAGGCAAUUAUGAUGCAAAAGGAUCAUAAAAUCGCUAAUUUGUUACCUGUAAUAAAAAAUAUGCCUUUUUCAAGAGAAA